AUGCUUCGCAAUCGCGGGCCGGGGAAGGGUAGGAAGGUGAGGCAGUGGAAUUCUACUGUCCACGGUGAAACUGUACAAAUGGACUUUGAAAAAGAUCUGAUAUCUGCAGGGGUGCGAUUGCGGGAAGCAGAUGCCAUUUUGAUGUUAGCACCACCAGUUUAUUCCAUUUUCACACUUGCUCUACAGCCAUUCGUCGCAGUAGUACCUACUAGAAGAUUGCUUAUUUCGAAAAACAUAAUGGGCGAGUCGGUAAGGUGCAAGGCGACACACUGCCGGCGGACAUCAGGAGUGGACGACUCAGGAGACCAUCCGCUUCAGCAUCGAUCGAACGAGACGUGGCUAGUUUUUUCGUUUCUCACAUUAUGGUGGAACACGACGCUAAAACAAAAACAGAAAUAAAGCCCGCCAGCACCCUCGGGCCCAAGAGUAGUCAGUUUUUCCGCGGUCGGGCG